AUGGUUGCAAAAAAAAGAGACGUUAAAGUACCUAUUAAAAAAAAGCCCAAUAAAAAUACAGGAAAAUUAGCAAAAUUAAAAGCAGCAAAAAUCAAAACAGCCCCUCCAACAAAAGAAAAACUAAAACCCAAAAAAUUAAUUAACAAAAAAGUAAAGGGUGCAGAGACAAAAAGAGCAAGACCAACAAAAAAAAUAAUUAAGAAAACUGUUACUAAAAGACCAGUCAAAAAACAAAAAUAA